UAUCUGACUCUCCCCCUGGCGAGUUGUCUACGAGCAUCCUCCGCCUGGCCCACUUAUUAGACAUUGUCCGCACUUGUCAAUUGGAAAACCACGAAUCCAACCGUAAGAACUAUAAUACUAAAGUCAAACCUUUGAUGCUUCAGGAGGGCGACUAGGUUUUAAAAUACCAAGCAAAUGACCCUUCCGAGUCGGGAAUCUCCCGAAAAACGGCUACCUACCAGGAUGGACCGUUCCAGGUCCAAGAGAUCUUAAAUGAUCGCCAGAUCAAGCUCCGCAAGGCAAUAUCGGGCCACAGUCCGAUGUCCGAAACCGUCACCGACAUCGUAAGCAAGGACCGCCUAACCAAGGCCCACCCAUGGGAGAUGAGCCGACUCCGAACUCCAUUCACAUGGACGAUAGCCAAGGCCACCAAGCAAACACCAGCAUGGUCCAGCCCAACCAUUCCAUCAGCAGGACCGGCCCCUCAGUUCAACAUGACCCCUUUGGUUACCUCGGCCGCACCAAAGUCCAAUCUGGACCCUGCUCCAAACCCCGUGAAUGACCCCGAGCAGCAGCCUAUCCAUCCUCCGAUGGACGACGCAAGCCUCGUUGACGACGAUAGCAUCCUUAUACCCCAUGUGAACACCGAACCCGAACCACGAAUAGCGCCCAAACAAAAGGCCAGCAUUCUGAACGACAGCCUCUCCCCUACCAAACCCGGUCACAAGAAAAUGGUUUUAGCCAACGACUUCGCCGGUACAAUGGCCGAAGCUACCUUCCAUGUUUCGAGUUUCUUAGUUGGAGGACCAUCUUUCUUCACAGAGCACCCACACACCAAGGAUAGGAGAGAUCCGAUUCCUCAUGGAUUCGCUGAACGACCGGUGUCCAGAAAGACCUUACACACAGACCUUAAGCGCAGGAGUGGUAAUAUUUGUGCCUGGAAACCAUCACCCCCGCAGUGAAUUGAUCACCCUACCGCCUGGAAUUCCCACCCGAAUCACUACAGCAAUACGGAUAAGAGUAGUUCCCGGUCUCUACCUCCAACUAGCCCUCCGAAGCUCGCAAGCAGCACAAGGCAUCACCGUGCUAGGAGGCAUCAUCGAUCCCGACUACACCGGACACCUCCAUGUGUAUCUGAUAAACCUCACCCACCAAGUCCAGCAUUGGUCAAAGAACCGCGCCAUUGCCCAACUCCUAGUGCAUCGUCAGGUGUUCUUGAAUAUGCUACCAAACGGCCCAGCAACAAGGAUGGAAAACGCCACCCCAGCAGCCGGAUACCGUGGCACCAGAUGUGAAGGUUCAA